GUGUGGUUGUGUCAAGCUUGGUGGGGGUGUGGUUGUGUCAAGCUUGGUGGGGGUGUGACUCGUCUCAAGCUUGGUGUCGAAGCCUUGAGACAGUGUCAGAAAGCUUUCGUUCACAUACAGACAGUCUGGAUGAACAGCCACCACAAUGUGUUCACCCGAACGCCUGUUUCAUUCCCCAUAGACCUAAGGGAGAAAGGAAGGGGGGGGGGGGAGUGUGUUAGGAGAGAACAGUUGAACAGAACACAAUGGUGAACAGUGAUCCUUCACUAUAAAUUCACCGCGCUGGGCACCAUUACCCACCGGGAGGAUACGGUGACCACCGCUGACGUAGACGGCUAUUCGCAGAAAGGAACCAAAGUUUUCCUGGUGCAGUUGAGUCUAUCCUGUCGCGCAAGUCCUCAUGAGCCGCUGCGCUGUUAUCCACCAUCUGGUGGAUAUUCAAGCCGGUGAACGUCCGGUCUCGCUUCAUGCAGGCAGAGUAAUGAUGGUAGUGGCGAUGAGGAGGUGGCCGCUGCUGCUGCUGCUGCUGCUGCUGCUGCUUGGUGAAGGCGGGUCCAGGGACACACGCUCCUGCAGGGUAACGAGCAUUGAUGUCAUUGACGUCGACGAAACGACCUCAAACUUCACCUACAGCAUCAGUGUGGAGAACGAGGUGUCGUGCUCGAGGAAUGAUCACUGGCAAGGCGAAAUCAUAUCCUGCCAUGAUGGACAUAUUACACAGGAAUGCCAGAUCAGGUUUGGAGGUGGCGUAUGCUGGGUGGGCGAGCCCGGGAGCUGGAGUCUGACUGUCGAACAUGUUAAGUCAGGAUGCUUCGACGCCCCGGGGCGAAACGUCAUUCCUAACAUCUCCAUCUGGUUCAAUGUACGGGGCCUCAAUAUAACCGUCGCUGGGUCGGACAAGAGAGUGAAGUCUUGGACACUCUACAUUUUUAAGGCGCGGAGGAAGGAAGAGAACCCACCAUGCAACCAGAUUAUUCUACCUAGGUCAACACCGCAGUUUGUGAGGCUAGACACCUUGUCCUCAGUGGGUGACAACAACGGGCUCACCCUCACUCGGGACUUCAAGGUCGACAGCUGCUACUGCUUCAUAUUGCAGGCUGAGGGGUACGUGCCUCUCAUGUCCCCAGUGGAAGCCUUCUCCCACCACGACUCCUGCUUCCCUAAGCCACUUGAUGUGGUUCACACCUCCAGUCCUCUCAAGCGCAAUACGCUUCACGUGGUAGCGGUGGUGGGUGCAGCAACACUGGUGGUGCUAGGUGUGGGAAUGCUUCUGGUGCUGCUAGGCAGGAGGUCGCCCAGCAAGCUAGGAGCAGGCAAUGAGCUUCACCGCAAGUUCUAUAACUCUCACGGGAAGGCUUCUGGGGCUGGGCGUCGCGAGCUGCUGUUGUUGUGCACCCAUGAUGUCAUCCAUCACCCUCUGGUCAAACGCCUCACCAAAAUGCUUCAGGGGAAAUUUAACGUAUACGACCUAUGCGACUAUGGGGACCCGAAACGGCUUCAGGACAGCAACGAGUGGCUAAUGAGGAAAUUGGUAGGGGUGCCUAGUGCCACAGUGCCGGUAGAGGGAGUGCCUAGUGGUGCCAGAGUGCCGGUAGAGGGAGUGCCUAGUGCCAGAGUGCCGGUAGAGGGAGUGCCUAGUGGUGCCAGAGUGCCGGUAGAGGGAGUGCCUAGUGCCAGAGUGCCGGUAGAGGGAGUGCCUAGUGGUGCCAGAGUGCCGGUAGAGGGAGUGCCUAGUGGUGCCAGAGUGCCGGUAGAGGGAGUGCCUAGUGGUGCCAGAGUGCCGGUAGAGGGAGUGCCUAGUGGUGCCAGAGUGCCGGUAGAGGGAGUGCCUAGUAGUGCCGGAGUUACCAUAGUGCUGGUGACAUCCCCGGCCCUCAACGCCAUCACGCGGACCCUUCUCAACCCCAACAAUGAAGCAGAUACUGUGCUGACGCCAGACCAGGACCACCACCACCACCACCACUACCAGCACCACCACCACCACUACCAGCACCACCACUACCACCAACAGCUGAUCUUCGCACUUCGCAUCAUCAUCAACAGUUCUCUCAUCCGCGACUACUCCAGAGUCUUCGUGGUCAGGCUUGGUGGCGGCGCUGAAGAGGACGUGCAACUAAUGGUAGCGAGUCGUCGAUAUGACCUCGACACGCACUUCGACAGGCUUCUAUAUGAUAUAUCAGUGUGAGAAAGGAGGAUGAAGAUACUGGUAUCUGGGGAAAGGAGAGCAACGAGGCAUACGCAGACAGGUGGUUUUGAGAGAGGUGUCUGCUGGCUAGACCGCCUCGGGCCCUCUGGAAGCAGAGCGAAGCACACGCUACUGUCUUCACUAUAUCAGCAAGUUUAACACCAGCAUCAUUAGCACCUGUAGACCUGCCCCCCCCACUCCAACGGCAUCACUACCACCACCAUUCAACCUUCACCACCACUACUUCCAACCACCACAACUACCAUCCCUUAACACCUACUACAACCAGUAUGCACCAGGAUCUAUUGCUAGAGGAUGUUGUUGUUGUUAUAGCUACUCAGAGCGAAGUGUCCAUGUAGCACGGGCUAUGGUGAGCCCGUAUGCUAGAGUACUGUAGUCCUGUAUACAUACACAUGCAAAGAUGCUAAACGCCUGCUAAACAUCUGUCGUAAGUUAUAAUGCAGCCUCCUGAGCCUUGAAGAAACACCCCCAGCACCACUGUAUAUGUAGGAAUGGGGUAUAUGUAGCAUAGGGUAUAUGUAGGCAUAGGGUAUAUGUAGGCAUAGGGUAUAUGUAGGCAUAGGAUAUAUGUAAUAUUUUAUGUUCCUUUGGUAUGAGGGAGCUUUUCUGGCCACCCAGCAUUGUGAACUUUAGUGCCCUAUGUCCUAUGGCUGGGAGGGUAGGGCAGUCAGGUACCAUCCCAAAGAUCCUGGGUUCGAUUCCCGCGGUAGGACAGAAACUCUUAGGCAACGUUUUCAUUCACUGGAUGCUUCUGCAUGUUCACUUAGCAGUAAAUAGGUGCCAGGAGUUAGUCGUCUGUUGUGGGUUGCAUCCUGGGCAGGGUCAGUAAUUCGACUCUGGGAAGGAUGGGGGGAGGUCUAUCUAUCUAUCUAUCUAUCUAUCU